CCUGAAUUCAGAUGCCAUCCGAAGUUCAAAAAAACCCGGUGAUUUAUAUUUAGCUCCAGACCUCUGCAAUCUUCUACAGUUCAGUUCUUUUUGGCUUUGUCUCUCAAAACCAUUCUGCUCAUUCUUUUCUUCUUUUGGCUAUGUCUUUAUUCUUCUCUUCCUUUGUCACCCAUUGCAGUUUCUUCAACACAGGUUGGAGAAUUUAGACAGGAUCCGCUACUUGGGGUUUUCAGGGGUUUUUGUCUGAGGAGAAAGAAAGAAUCAUCAAGAUUAUGGAAUCGGUAACCUCAUCAGGGUUCAAUAGAGCUGUUGAAACAAUGGAAACCCUACUUGGUUCCUUUGUCAAAGAAGUCGAGAUGGGAACGGGGGGACAAUCUCUCGAUGUCCCUGUUUCUGCAUUCCCUUUCCUAGGGCUAGGAGGAAACAAAUCUGAGUUAUUUGAGUUUCUGGGUGUCACCAAGGAAGACAUAGAGAACCUACUUUACUUUAUUGAGAAAGUCCGUGAGGAAGCCAUGAAUAAAGCGGGAGAAUUUGUCAAUGGCGUUCACCCUUUUGCUCAAUUCCCUUGGAUCAAGAAAUCUAUUGACUUGAUGGGUCUUAAUAUGAUGGAUAUUUAUGGCGGCCUUACCCUAGUUGAUUACUUUAAGGAGGCCAAUCAGGAAUUCAUGAAGAAACAGAAACUAUAUUCUGUCUACUGCCCAACUGUUCCAGCAUUCCCAGUUCUGGGUUUUUCUAUUCCCAGGAAACAGAGGUCCAACAGAAGGACAGAGAAACAAUGUUCUACCAGUUGCCCUGUUCUGCCCUUCUCAGUUUUGUUUCUUUCCGUGCCCAGGAAACAGAGGUCUAACCGAGGGAAACCCCUGAUAAUCACUACUGGUACUGGUUUUCUCAAAAAAUUUGGAGCCCCUGUUCUUAAAGAUUUUGAAACGAGAUUCUCUAAUGCUAAGCUUGUAGAACGCGAGAGGAACAAGAGUGAGAAACGCUGCCGUGAGAGUGAAGAAGGUGAAGAGGAAAAGCUGAAUAAAACAAAGAGACAGAAGGAUGGAAAGAUGCAGAAUAACAAGGUAAUGGCGCAACUUGCUGAAUGGGGUUUGGUGCCUCCACCAAACAUGCCACCUGAAUUCAAGAAUUUGAUUGAAGAGAUGGGUGGUUCUGAAGAGAAGUUGCUGAUACAGAAGAUCCUAUUCAAAACAGACCUUAGCAAGUCCCACAACCGUUUGCAAAUUCCAGAGAAUCAGGUGAUGGCAGAUUUUCUUACAGAGGAGGAAGAAAGAAAGCUGGAUGAAAAGGGGCUGAAUGUUGAGCUGAUAGAACCGUGUCUGAAGAAAUAAAAAAUCCACCUGACCAAGUGGAAUAUGAAAAAUUCCAGAAUGUUUGUGUUUAAUGAGCAGUGGCAUUCAGUGGUGGAUGGAAAUCAGUGCACAUUGAAGAAGAAUGCAGUGGUGCAAAUUUGGUCAUUCCGGACAGCCCCCAAAUCAGAGCUCUGUUUUGCCAUGGUCAAGAUUAAAGAUGGAGAUGAUUA